AAAGAUGGUGUAGGCAAACACCGCAUAAAAUCCUUCAAAACAGUGGUAAAAUAUUUCCAAACAGAUUUUAUCUCCCACAAAGUGAAGGCCCAAAGGAGCCGAAUACAGAAACUGACCUCAUUUUUCACUCUCAGGUUCUAACGUCCAGCAGCCAUGCACCUUCCACCACCAAUCGGCUCCCUCAAAUCUGGUCUAUGGGCACAGGCCGAUCUGCAAAAGCACCAGGCAACAUCUGGCUUGGCUUCUCCCACCGAACACAAAGAUGGGAUUUGGCUUCCCAGCGGCACCAACUCUUUAUUUAAGCAGGAAAAGCGUAGCCCCCAGGCCUCUCCUGUAUGCUCCAGAAUCCGAUUCCCAACAGGAGACUGUGCGGUCACCUCAGAGGCAUUAGUGCCAGCAGUCACGAGGGGUCAGGGCCAUGCAGAACGGCUAUGUAAAGGAAGGAAUUUAGAGCAAAUUUAGAGCAAGACUACGUAUUCUCCCCCAGACCGCAGCUAAAGACGUCAAUUAUUGCUGUGCAGCCCUAAGCGACAACGGGUUAUUUUGGGCAGACACCAGUCCAAACCGCUGCCGGUGGCGGCAGCCCUUCUGUGGGACGACGGCUGUCGGUGAAGCACUGAGUGAAAGCACGGCAUGGAAACGCGGACCCCGCGUUUCAGAACACGCUAUCUCAGUGCCUUCACUGUGAGCUGCUCUGCUCUGCCAUAUCCUGUCACCAGAGCGCAAAAGGCGGAGAGAGGUGACGGGACGGGACCGGACCCGCUCAACCCAGCGCCGCCGCCCCGCCGCACAGGGGCCGCUUGGCGCGGAGCACGCCGGGAGCUGUAGUCCCGCAGCCCCGCGGCCUCAUUCCCGCUCUGCCGGCUGCCACCGUCUGCGCUGCAUCCCCUCCGCCCCGCGGUGUCCCGGCGGGCCGCCCUGUUCGCCCUCACCGGGCAUGCAGGGACUGCUGCGGCGGCUUCUCCCAGCGCUUUACGCGGCGCGGCCGGUGGCGGCCCGCGCCCUCCUCGCCCGGCGGGCUGUGCCCGCGUUCCCGCGCCUCAUGGCGCUGCGGCCGGCGGCGGGAGCCGGAGAAGGAGAAGGCGGCGGCGGCGGCGGCCUCUUGAGCGCAGGCGGCGCGACCCCGGAGCACGGUGAGGAGGCGGCGGGGAAAGGGGCAGGCGCUUGCGAGGCCCGGGAUCCACCUCUCCGGCCGGCUGCGGGCGGCUGCAGAGGGAGAGGCGGGAGAGGUGAGCCCCGGGCCUCGCAGGCGCCUCAGCGCGGUCCGGGCGCCCUCCGGUGCCGAGGGGCGGCGUGUGGGUCUGACGGCCCCCUCUGCCGUUGCUGCCGCCUGUGAGGCGUUAAACGGUCACGUUGGGCAGAGCGGCGGUAGAAACUAUGGCUUGUAUGGGCAUAUCCAGGGAUUGGAUGGAAAGGUCUCACAGCAGCGGCUGUGGAGAUCGUAGGGGAAAAGGAUUCAACCUAAGUGCGGGCUGUCGCUAAAAAGUCUGGGGUUUGUUUUCCCUGCCUGCCGUGCUCUGUCCCUGGGCUUGUAUUCAGUGCAAACAUCUGACCUGGCCGAAUACUAAAUCUGCAGGU